GAAACGGAACGAUACGAAAACGAAAAAUAGUCUAGUCAUUUUUUUUAUACAAUGAAUUAAUUAUUAUCUUAAGCUAUAGUGCUAUUUACUUAGCGCGGUGCUUAUUGUUUUUGUAACUUUUUUUAUUUCGAUAAGUGAAGAUGCAGAUUCUCAAAGUGCGCCAUGUUUAUUUGACGGCCAAUCAGUUUCAAGCAUGGAGCUGCGCAAGGGCACGAUAUGCGAGCUCGAAAGCAAACAAACCGAUCGAGUACAAACCAAUAAGGAGUGUUUUGGUAGCAAAUAGAGGAGAGAUUGCCAUCAGAGUGUUUCGAGCAUGCUCCGAACUCGGCAUACGGUCCGUCGCCAUCUACAGCGAGCAGGACAAGCUGCAGAUGCACAGACAAAAAGCCGACGAGUCAUACCUGGUCGGCAAAGGUCUGGCUCCCGUAGAAGCGUACCUUAGCAUCCCCGAGAUCAUCAGAGUAGCUAAAGAGAACAAUGUGGACGCUGUUCAUCCCGGUUAUGGACUGUUGUCAGAAAGGUCAGAUUUCGCGCAAGCAAUCGUUGAUGCCGGCAUGCGUUUUAUCGGGCCGCACCCCUCCGUGGUGCAGAGAAUGGGAGACAAGGUGGCCGCCAGGAAAGCUGCCAUUGAAGCCAAGGUCCCCAUCGUACCGGGCACGGACGGUCCUAUUACAAACAAAGAAGACGCCGUGGACUUCUGCAAGAAACAUGGUCUUCCAGUCAUCUUCAAGGCAGCGUACGGCGGUGGCGGUCGCGGUAUGCGAGUAGUACGGGACAUGUCCGAAGUAGAAUCAGCCUUUGAGCGUGCUUCCUCAGAAGCGUUGGGCGCCUUCGGCAACGGAUCCAUGUUCAUUGAGCGCUUCAUAGAAAGGCCGAGGCAUAUUGAGGUCCAACUGCUUGGUGACAAGGCUGGCAACGUGGUACACUUGUAUGAGCGCGACUGCUCGGUGCAGCGCCGGCACCAGAAGGUCGUCGAGGUGGCCCCUGCGCCCGGUCUUGACCCUGAGGUUCGCAAAAAGAUGACCGACUGCGCUGUUCACCUGGCCAAGCAUGUGGGCUACGAAAACGCCGGAACUGUGGAGUUCCUCCUGGACAGCAAAGGCAACUUCUACUUCAUCGAGGUCAACGCUAGGUUACAAGUGGAACACACAAUCACAGAAGAAGUCACAAGCAUCGAUUUAGUCCAAUCCCAAAUCAGAGUUGCCGAAGGCAUGACCCUACCAGAACUGGGUCUGACACAAGACAAGAUCAAGACGCAAGGAUUCGCUAUUCAAUGCAGAGUCACUACUGAAGACCCAGCCAAUAACUUCCAACCCAGCACUGGAAGACUUGAAGUAUUCAGGUCUGGAGAAGGUAUGGGUAUCCGUCUCGAUUCGGCGGCCACUUACGCUGGAGGCAUCGUCUCACCAUAUUACGACUCCCUGCUUGUUAAAGUAAUCUCCCACGCUAACGACUUACCAGCUUCAGCCGCUAAGAUGACGCGCGCUCUCAGAGAGUUCCGUAUCCGCGGUGUCAAGACCAACAUUCCUUUCUUGCUCAAUGUAGUCGGCAACCAGAAGUUCCUCUCCGGCGCCCUGGACACGUACUUCAUCGACGAAAAUCCUCAGCUCUUCAUGUUUAAAACUUCGAAGAACCGUGCUCAGAAACUGCUCAAUUAUCUCGGACAGGUGCUUGUGAACGGCCCAGCUACGCCACUGGCAACCUCCAUUCCUCCCGCGGACAUCACGCCAUACAUUCCCCCAGUUCCUUUAGACCUUUCCCCAGAGGCUGUCAAGAAAUUUGAACUAACCGGAGAAAAUACAGCCAUCCAGCCUCCAAAAGGCUUCAAACAGAUCCUCCAAGAAGGGGGUCCCGAAGCCUUCGCCAAGGCCGUCCGCCAACACAAAGGUCUCCUCCUCAUGGACACGUCGUUCAGAGACGCUCAUCAAUCCCUCUUAGCCACCAGAGUUCGGACACAUGACUUAUUGGCUGCCUCGCCAUAUGUAGCGCAUAACUUUAGCAACUUGUAUUCUAUGGAGAAUUGGGGUGGAGCUACUUUCGAUGUUGCUCUGAGGUUCCUGCACGAAUGCCCUUGGGAGCGACUAGAAGACAUGCGGCGCCUCAUCCCCAACAUCCCGUUCCAAAUGCUGCUGCGUGGCGCCAACGCCGUCGGCUACACCAACUACCCCGACAACGUGGUCUACAAGUUCUGCGAGAUGUCGGUUAAAGCGGGCAUGGACAUCUUCCGCGUAUUCGAUUCUCUAAACUACCUCCCCAACUUAAUUCUCGGCAUGGACGCCGCAGGCAAAGCCGGGGGCGUGGUCGAAGCUGCCAUCUCGUACACGGGCGACGUGUCCGACCCUAGCAAGAAGAAAUACGACCUGAAGUACUAUUUGAACCUGGCCGAUGAGCUCGUGAAGGCUGGGACACAUGUGCUGUGUAUUAAGGAUAUGGCGGGGCUGUUGAAGCCCCAGGCGGCUAAGCUCCUGAUCUCUGCGAUCCGCGACAAGCACCCCGACGUGCCGCUGCACGUGCACACGCACGACACGUCGGGCGCGGGCGUGGCGGCCAUGCUGGCGUGCGCGCGCGCCGGCGCCGACGUGGUGGACGCCGCCGUCGACUCCAUGUCCGGCAUGACCAGCCAGCCCAGCAUGGGCGCGCUCGUCGCCUGCCUCAUGGGCACCGACCAGGACACCAAAAUCCCCCUCCAAAAGGUAUCGGAAUACUCAGCGUACUGGGAGCAAGCUCGAACCCUGUACGGGCCGUUCGAGUGCACGGCCACGAUGAAGUCCGGCAACGCGGACGUGUACCUGAACGAGAUCCCCGGCGGACAGUACACCAACCUGCAGUUCCAGGCCUUCUCGCUGGGGCUGGGCUCGCAGUUCGAGGAGGUUAAGAAGGCUUACAGAGAAGCGAACCUCCUCCUCGGCGACAUCAUCAAGGUCACCCCCUCGUCCAAGGUCGUUGGUGACUUCGCUCAGUUCAUGGUGCAAAACAAACUCACCGCCAAAGACAUCGAAGCUAAGGCUGAAGAGCUGUCCUUCCCGAAGUCCGUUGUGGAGUUCCUGCAGGGAGCUAUUGGGCAGCCGCAUGGAGGAUACCCUGAACCUUUAAGAUCUAAAGUACUUAAAGACAUGAAGAGAAUAGACGGCCGGCCCGGCGCUGAAAUGCCGCCACUCGACUUCGACAAACUUAAGGCCGACAUCCAAGAAACCUACCCGCUGAUCUCCGAUUACGACGUAAUGUCAGCAGCCAUGUACCCGCAAGUUGCCAACGAUUUCUUCCGCAUCCGCGAAAAGUACGGCCCCGUCAAACAUCUUGACACUAAGACUUUCCUUGUUGGACCCACGGUCGGCGACGGCAUCGAAGUGAAGAUCGAGCGUGGAAAGACGCUAGACAUCCGCACAUUAGCCGUCUCAGACGAGAUGACCGCCGCGGGCGAGAGGGAGGUGUUCUUCGAGCUCAACGGACAGCUUAGAAGCGUCUUCAUCAAGGACGAGACUGCCAGCAAGGAAAUGAAGAUCCACCCUAAAGCCAUCAAGGGAGACAAGAACCAAGUUGGAGCCCCGAUGCCAGGCACCGUAUUAUCGGUGAAAGUGAAGGAAGGCGACAAAGUAGAAAAAGGCCAAGCCAUCGCAGUCCUCUCCGCCAUGAAGAUGGAGAUGAUCGUCCAGGCGCCCAAGGCCGGCACCAUACAAUCCGUACUCAUCACGAACGGACAGAAGCUCGAGGGCGACGAUCUGAUCGUGACCAUCGAGUGAACUACAUAAGGUGCAAUUUUGAAUGACUCGUUUCGUUUCUUUGAUAUUUUAUUGCAUAAACGGUGGGAGGCCUGGACAAAUCGUUUUUAAACGCCGAUCGAUACUUAAAUGUAUGGAAAUAAUGUGCCGUUCUUGAAAAUGUUCUCCGUUUACUAUGGGAAAUAUUCUCGAGCAAGAACAUUCUCCAUACAAAACGGAGAACGUUCUCGAGAACGGCAUAACUCUACUUCAGUCGAAUCAUCCACGUUUUUUCGAUUAGCGUUUACGAUUCUCAUUUUCGCCACGGCUCCUGAUAUUAAUGUUGAAAAUCGCUAUAAGUUGGAAAACUGAGAGAUUUUAAUACCUAAAAAGUUAAGUGCGAUUUUAUAAAUCGAAUUUUUAUGUAUUUAGGUUUACCAACAGUAUGUUUUUUGUUGAGUAAUUUAUGAAAUUAUUUUUACUGUUGUUAAAUUAGUUUUUUUAUAAUUGUUUUAAUAUCUAAGAAACGCAGCGAUUCUAAGAGUGAUAGUUAUACGUUGAAGUCCGAAUGUUACUUAAUUUUUAAUGAUCCUGUUUUUAUUUAUGUAUUUUAUUAAUUAUUUGGCACAAGCAUAAAUGUUUGCAGCAUUUUAUACGAAGUCGAUACUAUUGUAUGUAUGAAGUUUUAAAUCUUUUUUUACUAAUGUAUUUUGCGAUUUUUUAAACUGUUUCCUUUUUAUUCGAAUCAUUGUUAUUAAAAAAUUAUGUAUGUACUUAGUAAAACAUUCGGCGAAAACUGAAAAAUAAAUAAGCAUUUUAAGCAUUUUUAAUCAAAUCGCGAAAUACUUGUAGCUUAAAAUCUUUACCCAACCGCGGCAUGGCCCAGAAGGGUAAUGUUAAUUGAACUGUGAUAUCAUCCACUAAGUGGUGAAGUGACUUAAUAGCAUCACAGUACAAAAUUAAAAAAAGCACUAGGGACCGUAACCGGUAUUGUUUAAAAAAACCGGUUACCGCGAGUGGCCCUUUUGUCUGAUAUAAUCAGCGAAAGUAUAAUAAAAGCCUAUACCAAACAGCUAUCUCAAAAAGAAAUUAUUUUGAAAAUGUGUCAACUAUAGAAACUAAGUAACUUUUCAAUGGAUUUCUAUUUUUCUAUUUUCUCAUAAUAGAAGUUACCAUUACAUUUUCUCAUUUAACUAUUUAUAGUUUUCGGUUAAACCGGUAUCGUUUUUAAUAAAGGUUUUCGGUCUCUGAGCAUUCGCUUGUUCAUAUUCAAUUCAAUUUGCUCCUAGUAGUUUUCAUUCCAUACAACAGGGUUAAAUGAAAAAGUAUGGGCAUAUCACAAACUAAAAAGACUACCUUUAGUUGUAAAAUAAAUUAAACCGUUAGAUGUAAGGUGAUCUGUCUGUACUUGAAGCUAAGUUUAAGUGUUUUUGUAUGUUGGUGCUAAUUUUGUUAUCAUUUUGUAAUAUUAUUGUUAUUUUCAUUUUUACGUUUAUGCAAUAUAUUGAUUUUAUCAUA